GAGUAAGUGAGAAUAUUCCCAUAUCUUGUGCUCUUAACGCCUUACUAAUGUGUGACACCCUCAUUUUCAAUUCUCCACCUCCUGGUAAGACAUGAUCAAGUCAACAUGCCAAGGGACAGUACCACGGCCUGCAUUGAUUUGCAGCUUUGUGGUGGUGUGCUCCUUAGUUUUAUUUUUUACGUACUACAAACCCAACAUCAACUCACUGUGCACCGACAGAGAGUCAAAUGAGAAAGCUAUAAGUGUCUGCCAAGAUGGGCUAAAUCGAGAGGGUAAUCAGACUGAGGUCCCAGACCAAACCACAUCACAACCCCAGAAGACAGGCAAGCAGAACUCCCAAGUAAUCCUCAGACCUGACAAUCCAGAACCGAACACUAUUCUCUUGAUCUGGAUGUGGCCAUUUGGACAAUCUUUUGACCUUCAUUCAUGUGCUGAUUUCAAUGUUCAAGGUUGUCGCUUGACAGACAACAAGAGCCUUUAUAAGAAUGCACAUGGAGUCCUCUUUCAUCACCGGGAUAUCCAUGAAGAUCUGGGAAACAUGCCACAAAAUCCACGUCCCUGGUUUCAGAAAUGGGUGUGGUUCAAUGCUGAAUCACCUGCCAACUCCAAAAGAUGGCCCAAAUUAGAUAAUCUGUUUAAUUUGACUUCAAAUUAUCGACAGGAUUCUUCUGUACCUGUUCCUUAUGGAUCCUUAGUCGAGGUAACAGCUGUGGACAAACACUUUGAGCUGCCAACAAAGAAUAAAUUAGUGUGCUGGUUUGUGAGCAACUGGCACCCAUCAUUCAGAAGAGUUCAGGUCUACAAUGAGCUGAGUAAGCAUGUCAAAGUAGAGACCUAUGGACGACACUUUGGUACAUACGUAAACAACGAAACAAAAACCAUUUCUGGAUGCAAAUUUUACUUGUCCUUUGAAAAUUCAGUCUUCAAAGACUACAUCACUGAGAAGUUGUACAAUGCCAUGAGUUUAGGAGCUGUCCCAGUAGUUUUGGUUCCAUCCAGGCAAAAUUAUGAGGAAUUCAUUCCAGCAGACUCUUUUCUUCAUGUGGAUGACUUCCCCAAUCAAAAGGAACUGGCAGAUCGGCUGCUUUUCCUUAACAAGAAUGAUGAAGAGUACAUGAAGUACCACAGCUGGAGGAAAAACUAUAAAGUUAAGGGAUGGUAUUUUGGACUAGAACAUGCAUGUCGAUCAUGUGACUACAUUAGACGGGAGAAAAGAUACAAAGCUAUUAACAAUCUAAAUCAAUGGUAUUGGGGCUGACCAGGCUGUUUGUAGUAAUCAAAAUGUUUAAUACAUGUGCUGUAUUGCCAAUUAUCAGCACUUAUUCAGUACAUUUCGUGAAAUCAGUGCAUAAAAAAGGGGGGGGGAAAUCUAAAUUAACUCAAAUCAUCACUUUAUGCAUUGCUUUAGACCAGAGGUCGCCAACCUGUCGAUCGCGAUCGACGUGUCGAUCUCGGAGACUUUCCCUGUCGAUCUCCAA